UUUACAACCAUUGCCCCCAAACAGCGGCGAUGGUUCAUAAAAAGAGAUUGACAAGAGAGAAGGAAGCCAUUUUCCAUCUCGCCAUCACUUCUGAAUCAGAGUUUGCAGCCGAGCGAUCUUUAGCUAUAGGAUUUGACCAUGACGGAGGCAACCAAUGAAACCGCUACUACUGUAGAGAAGGAAGAGGAAACGAUCGAAUUCAUUCGAGAAGUUGCCACCAAGACAACCAAGUAUGCAGCAAUUUGGAUCUGUCCCAUCAGCCAUGAAUUGCCUGUGGAUCCUGUCAUUGCUUGGGAUUGCUAUAUCUAUGAUCGCAAAUGCAUUGAGACCCACUUUGAGACGAAUGGUCCCACGUCUCCCAUGACGCGCAUAGAGAUACCGCCCCAGGUCUACCCAGUCAUCCAUCAGUCUGCAGUUGCCUGUGGAUUCUGUCAUGGCAGAGGAUGGCUGUUUCUACGAUCGCGAAUACUUUACAGCAUACUACGAGUCCAAGUUGAAGCAAGGUGAUGCCAAUCCCACGUCUGUCAUUACCCAUGAAAAGAUAGGGCCAUGGUUUUUCCCAUCCAAACAGCACAGCAACAUGAUUCAGACUGCAAUCGACAAGGGUAUGAUCCCUGAGGAUCAGGCCAAAGUAUGGAAGGAAAAGAAGCAGCAGAAGCAGCAGAAGCAGAAGAAGGAAAAGGAAAAGCAGAAAAAGAUGGAAGAACUAUUGAAGAAAGCCGACGCUGGAGAUUUUUUGGCUCUACACCAUUUAGGAUUCAACUUUGAAAACGGAGUAGAUGGUAGGAGUUUUCCACGUAAUGAAAGGAAUAGGUGCCCGACGCCAAUAUUAUCAUUAGCCGAGCUGCAGAGCUUUCUCUGACACCCAGGGAUCCUCGCCGCCGAAUCGGGAGCCGUAGGGCGUCCGUGAUAGACAAUGGCCACCACAGGAAAGAAGGAAGAAAGGGGGUUCUUGAAGCAGGGAAGAGGCUGGUUGAUUAGAGCGCCAAAGGAAUGAAGAAGGUUGAAAAGAUUAGGUAU